UGGCAGCAUGCUCCCUCGUCAAUAUUGUCAAGUGCAGAAAUCGCAUCGUGCCGAUCGUGGCUUCUACAACUAUCCUCGAUUCACACGUUUAUUUCAGCGGUUAACACUUGUAUUUUUGAGAAUGUGAUCUUUAACAAUGACAGUUCACGUGUGUUCUACAUUCGAGGCACUCGUCAAGCAUUUAUUGUUGUGAUUGCCUUGUGACAGUGAAAGAAUCGAUAACUAUUAUGUCGACAUAAUACACGCCCGCUCCUUUUGUCAUUAUCCAACCCAACAGAAUGACUUCCAGCACUCUUACUGCGAGAGCGGAGGAAUACUUUCACAGUAUAAAUCCUAUAGCUCGGAGGAUCGGCGAGGAUAUAACUGCAACGAAAGAGGCCUACGAGGGGCUAUGGAACACCUUGAGUUCAGCGGAGCGCAAUCAAGCCGUCAACGAGACUAUAAUUCAGCCCGAGGUAGCGUUGAAGUAUACCUUGAAGAAGGUCGAGUUAACCAAAGAGUUACCUGAAUGGUAUCCGAACCUUCGCAUACAAACUGGAAUGAAAUAUGUCAUAGACGAAACCGGUUCUACAUUACGAUGGCGAGACGAGCACUCGGCGCCAUUUUCAUUUAUGACUCAAUCGCAGAUGAAUCUUAAUCUGAUAGACUCUAGCGAGGAUAUGAAAUCUAGAUCGAUGAGGAGCCACUUCGGAGAAUUGCCGCAUUUUUCUAGUCCCGUGAAGGCACAGAGAAACACGUGUUCGCUAAGCGAUAGUUACAGUUCCGCACAUCAAGUCAGUUGUUAUCCGCCGGAUUGUUACACCAGCAGUCUAUUCGAGAACGAUCAGUGCAGCGACUUACUGACGAAUGACAUGGACAGCGAGCACUCUGACAGUAUAUUUGCUAAACUGAUCAACAAGACCUCUUUAUUGAAGUUACAAAGCAACAUCGAGGAUGAUAUGGAGAGUUUGGUGAGGGAUUCCGAUACGGAUAAAAGUCAGUCUAAUACUUUGGUGGUGACAUCGCGAACGAAAUCGAGCGACAUAAACGAAUCGACCGCUUUGUUAGAGACACCCAGCUCUUAUAGUAGCUUUCAGUCGUCUCAAUUGAAUCAAGAAGAGGAAGAGAGGAGUAUACCAAAGACUGGAUUUGAGUUUCUCGAUAAUUGGUAAAUUCAUUCCGUAAAAGAAAAUAAUUCAAUUUUUUUAAUGCUCUUCUAUUACAUAAAAGAUAUUUCCAUAUAUUCUAAGAAUGAACUCUAGUUCGAUUGCAGAUGUUCGAGCAAUAUAUUUAAUUACUCUAUUGCUAGAUGUUGUAUGAAAAUAUGCAUGCGUGUGUUUUGCGUAAAAGUCAGAGUAUAUUUAUAAAAAGAGAUGGAAUAUUUUUUACUCUAGUCUGAUAAGAUUUUUUUAUAUCUAUAUUUUGUACCUUAUCUCAUUUGUACUGUACUACUGGAGUAUUACCAUUUACAUGACAGAUGAUUCAAAGAGUUAAAUAAUGAAGACUGAAAAAGAAUAAUUUCCAAAGAUAUGUUCUCAGAAAAUUUAAUUUUACGUAGAUCUCGAUAGACUAUAUCGUGUAUCCUAUGGAUAUCGAAUAACAGAGUUGAGAUUUUUGUUACCUUUUUUACAGCAUUGUAUUUUAUAAUAUAAAAAUAUAUAAUAAGUGCUUAUGAGCAGAUAGAUAUGCUUAGUGCAUUUUGCAAGUAUCUGGUCACUAUUUACAAGCGAUAAUUUAUCUCUUGAAAAGAUUUAUGUAAACUGUCUUUUCAAUUGUGUAUCAAUAUAUGUGUAUCACAUGAA